ACCUUCCAGUUGUGUAAAGCUCAUAAAUGCUGUGUAAGUGCGUCGGGUGUGCUAAGGAACGUGGAGCUAAGUGGGCUAGUUGUGAGAGAGAGAGACUUAACUAUGUUAACAAAGGUCCAUCAGAAUUUCCUGUGACUGUGACAGUAGAGAGUCCUUCCUCCUCAGAAAUCGAAGAGGUUGAUGAUUCCUCAGAAAGUGUUCAGGAAGAGCCAGAGAAAAUCAGUUUGAAACAAGAAGCAUUGCAGGAAAACCUGGAGGAGUGCCUAAAGCAGUUAAAGGAGGAAAGAGUAAUAAGACUGAAGGCUGAUAAAUGAGUCAGUGAGCUGGAACAUGAAAAUGCCCAGUUAAAAAAUAUAAAUUUCUGUUUGUCUGAAGCCCUUCAUGCCCACUCAUUGACAAGCAUGAUCCUGGAUGAUGAAGGUGUUUUGGGCAGCAUUGAGAAUUCUUUUCACAAGUUCCAUGCUUUCUUGGAUCUCCUUAAAGAUGCUGGGCUUGGGCAGCUGGCCACAAUGGCUGGUAUAGAGCAGUCAGAUUUUCAUUUACUAGGUCGUCCCCAGAUGAAUUCUACUGUUAGUAGUCCACCUAAAGAAGAAAAGAAGCCACUUGAAGAAGAAAAAUCAGAAUCAAAGCAGAGUGCCCCAGGACUAACGCAAAAUCUCCAAAAAAUUGCAGGCAAUGCUAGGAUUCCUUUGCCUCUCGACUCCUUCCAUGUCCCAGUCUCUACUCAGGAGGCCUUAGAAACUUCCAAAGACAACCUGGGGGUCGCAGUCACAGAGCAGCGGCAGGAGUCUUUUGAAGAUUUCAUUGCUAGAACAUGUUCUCCUUCAGCAGACGUCAUUUCUGGAACUGGAAGUGAAAGAAAAGAAGAGGAAUUACCUAGAAAUAGCAGGUCUUCUUCAGAGAAAAUGACCAAAGCAGGUGAAUAUACCCAAAACUACUCUCCUAAGAAACAACCUGGGAAGGACCUGCAUUCCUGCUCUGACUCACCUGUAAAGCAGAAAAGCAAAGGAAUUGGGUAAAAUAAUUCUUUGGUUAAUAAGCCAAUUAGAAGUGAGUCUUCGAAAAAGCACAUUUCUGUUAAGAAAGACAGUAGAAUAGUGACUGUUUCAUCAAAGACAACUAAAAGUAAACUCAGUCUACUAGAACAUUCUGAAAGUGAUACUCUUGGAUCUGAUUGUGAAUUUCCAGAAAGCAUCCAUACUCUAUCACGCCUAACAUAGGUCUAAAUCUUUUAAAAUUAUGUUUUUGCCUUCAAAUUUUAAUAAAUUACUUAUGUUUUUAUUAUAGCAUAUGGUGUUUUCAAUUACUUGACUGGAAGCCACUAGAGAAAGAUUUAUCUAUUCUUUUUUAUUAUAAUGAAAGUUUUGGUGUAUUUUUCCUUGUGACAGUUUGCACCAUUCAUUCAGCUAGUGUUUACUGAGGGCUUCAUAUGUACAGUACUUUUCUGGGUGCUAUUGCUUUCAGCAGUGAACAAAAUAAAGCCUUUACUCUCCUGGAA